AUGCCCGUCGCCGACGACGGCCUUCAACGCCCCCUAAAGAACCCGAUUACUGCAUUUGAGCUCAAACGCGCGUUCCGUCACUUAUGCAAUAGACGCGCAUCGGGCCCGGAAACCAUCGCUAUCGAGUUACUCAAGUAUGGAUCAGAGCUACUAGCUCAACCCCUCGCCGACAUUAUCAAUUACGGACUCGCCACAGGAGACAACAUUAACCUGGGCGACGGGAUUCUUCUCGGACCCCCCAAGCCAAACAAGCCGGCUGGCCAAUGCGCCAGCCUUCGACCCAUCGUCCUACUCAACAGCAUCCGUAAGGCGAUCUCUUUGGUGGUGCUUCGCCGCAUCUCCCCCAAGGUCGAACGCUUUCUAUCCCCGCACCAAAGCGGGUUCAGACCCAGCCGCAGCACUGCUGAUGCAGUGUGGGCCCACAGAUGGAUAGCAGCACGUGCUCAGAGGUACAGAGAACGAUUUCAUAUUCUUGGGAUCGACCUCUCCCGUGCUUUUGACACCGUCAACCGCGAAAAACUUCUCUCCGUGCUCGAGCCACUUCUUGAUGAUGACGAAAUUCGACUGAUCCGACUACUACUACGGGACACAAUGCUCUCCCUCCGACUCGGCAAUCGCCAGCUCUAG